GGUUUCCAUGGUCACCACAAUUUUAUUUAGCUGUUAAGCUGAACAGAAUGUGUGUGUUUCCACUGAAACCACUCAAUAGUGACGUCUCAAACUGUGUCAAGAUGGUGAAAGGUGGAAAACGCUACCGUGGUAUGGACAAGGAUGGCCAGUGGUUUGCGCAUCCACACAGUUCAAAGUUAGCAUCUCGUGAAGCCUGUACAACUACUGGAGCUAUGCUGAGUGAGACUAAAACAUUGUUGCCUCAGGAUCGGCAUGUGAAGCGCUAUCCUAAAUGGAAAAUUCACCAGCGAUCCAGGGAGGAUUAUCCAUUAUCAUGUCAUGACAAUAAGACCACCUUAAAAAGUAGCAUCUCAGUCUUCUCUAAUGGUGUGGGACGAAGGAAGUAUUCUAGUGAUCAUAUUCAGACCAAGUCUCAGGUCUGUCUGGCCCACGAUUCAGGUGAAGAGCCUCCAUGCAGCUUCUCUCCAAGCCAACCUGGCUUUACUUCAGUGGAGGUCUUUAGUGUACCUACCAAGAACAGGAGGUUCCCUCGAAACCACAAACUGAGGUCAGAAGAGGCCUUUCAGGAGACAAGGGAGCAAUUCAUGUGGUUUGGACAAGACACAGCCCGUGUCCCAGUUGGUCUGGAUGUGCUGGUAACUGCCAACUUGUCGCCACCUUCAGGACGCUGAAGGUGGCGACCUCCAGACGUACGAUGAAAACGUUUGGGUGGCUGGAAUAAAAGAUUCAGUGAGUUUUAAUUUGAGGACACGCAGUCCAAGUGUUGGUUCAAUAACAAAACUUCAGAUGGUAGUAAAGAAACAAAUAUGCGUUAUUGUGUCAUUUAUCUCAACUAUGGACCAGGACUCUGUGCCUUUUAAUAAAGUUUAAAUUGAACC